GACACAAGACCACUGAAUUUCUUUGUUUGGAGUCCACGUUAUGAACCCUUUCUGGAGCAUGUCUGCAAGCUCUGUCCGCAAACGAUCGGAUGGUGAAGAGAAGGCAUUAACAGGGGACGUGGUAACCAGCCCUCCACGCGCCGCUCCAAAGAAACAGCUACCUUGUAUUCCCAAAAACGCUUUGCCCAUUACUAAGCCUACAUCCCCCGCGCCAACAGCACAGUCCACAAAUGGCACACAUGCUUCUUAUGGACCCUUCUACCUGGAAUACUCCCUUCUUGCAGAAUUUACCUUGGUUGUGAAGCAGAAGCUCCCGGGGGUCUACGUGCAGCCAUCUUACCGCUCUGCAUUAAUGUGGUUUGGAGUAAUAUUCAUACGGCAUGGACUUUAUCAGGAUGGUGUAUUUAAGUUUACAGUUUACAUCCCUGAUAACUACCCAGAUGGUGACUGUCCACACUUGGUGUUUGAUAUUCCCGUCUUUCACCCACUCGUCGAUCCCACCUCAGGUGAAUUGGAUGUGAAGAGAGCAUUUGCCAAAUGGAGGCGGAACCAUAAUCAUAUUUGGCAAGUUUUAAUGUACGCACGAAGAGUUUUCUACAAGAUUGAUACAGCAAGCCCCCUAAACCCAGAGGCUGCAGUCCUGUAUGAAAAAGAUGUUCAGCUUUUCAAAAGUAAAGUGGUUGACAGUGUUAAGAUGUGCACUGCUCGUCUGUUCGACCAACCUAAAAUAGAAGACCCCUAUGCAAUCAGCUUUUCUCCGUGGAAUCCUUCUGUACAUGAUGAGGCCAGAGAGAAGAUGCUGACUCAGAAAAAGAAGCCGGAAGAACAGCACAAUAAGAGCGUUCACGUUGCUGGCCUGUCAUGGGUAAAGCCUGGUUCGGUGCAGCCUUUCAGUAAAGAAGAGAAAACGGUAGCAACUUAAGCGCUGGUGAAUCCGGUGCCCCGUGCACUUUCCUGCCGGCUGCGGGCCUGGUGAGAGCUGACCGGUGGCAGAGGGCCGCCAGAAGAGUAAAACUGUGCGAACAAGGACUGCUAUCUGUGUCCAUGGAUGCUUAGGUUCUAACAGCAAGUUUUGGAAACCUCUCUUUAAGUAAUGCAUUACUUCUGUCAGAAGUGUCUUUAGGGUGGUUAACUAGUUCAGUACUCCAAAUUAUUGGGGACCUCGAGGCUUAAGUAUUUUUCUGAAUAUAAUGUUAAAGGUAAGUUACAUUCAUUUACGCUAAUAGAGUAGACAGUUGGGCGUGCUAUCCAGUGGCUUUACACCCAUGGUUUCAGUUGUACAUAUGUUAGGACGCGGGAAAGAGGUAGAGAGAGAGCAGGUUCCAUAGCUUAUUAGCACUUGUAAGUGGAAGAUCAUCUGAACCUCAGUCUUCAGCCUACUGUCUCCCUGGUUUACCAGCCCCUGUCAUCACUGAGGUACAUGUUAGGUGAGGGAGAGGAAACCAGAACACUUGUUCAUGGUGGUUUGUUUUUUUUUUUUUUUAAGCAAAUUACUUACUGUAUUUUUAUGGCAGAAGGGAGAGAAAGUGUUAAAACGGUUUCUAAUGAAGUCAGAUAUUUAAAUGAUGAAUGACUAAUGUGUUUUGUAGAGACAAAAUAAACCAAUAAAUGAUUGCUUUUUGUCAUUUAUGCAGGAAACUAGCUACCCCUUUCCCAAUAUAACUAAACAAAGAUUAAUUUAUAAAUGCUUUAUUGAAAAAUACACUUAUUUUCAUAUAAAAUUACAGUAGCAGUAAGUAUCUUGAAGAGGUUUUAUAAAUAUUUUUGCAGACCACUAUUCUAACUGAACAGUGUAAGUUCCAUAUUUCUUUCAGAGCAAUAUGAAGUUACCCAGUAACUUGGUUUAUACUGAUUCAAUUUACAAUUGAAUUUUCUCCCUAAUAAGAUUAUUCAUUCAACUUUAAAACUGCUGGAACGAUAGUGAUUAAUAAAGGUAUAUAGAGAUAAUUCAACAGCUGUUAAAUAACAUUUCUAAUUUUUAUAAAUGGUACUAUGUACUAAUAAAAACCUAAAUUCUCCAACCUAUUUUUUAAACUGCCAGGAACACACCCAAAGAUAUUUUACGUUUAUCACCUUAAUAGACACGUGUCUUUCAGGAUAACUACCUCUUAAAGAAGAGGUCAGAAUUUUUCAUAUUCCCUUAAUUCAACUUGAUUUAAAAUCUUUACUUAGCCAACUGAUCCCUAUUAACAACAAAACACUGGAGAAUUAAAAACACAUGCCCAAAGGCAGCUACUGGGGCUUUAACAGUUUAAAAAAAGUACAAAAGCAUCAAAGAUGAUAUUGCAUGUUUAGCCUGGAAGUUUUGUACUUAAUAAAGUUCACAUUAUAGAAAGUGCCAUCGCAAAUAUACAGCAAAAUCUGGGUUACAAAACCAUGCUUUUUACAGCCCUAAAGUGCCACUUCUUAUACAAGUUCACUCACACAUUGCACACCAAACAACCCAGCACUUCCCACACCACCACACCUAAAGGGGAGAGGGAACAGUUACACCACGGGAACAGGAGACUGGGGUAAGAAUCUAGGGCCUCCGGAUCGGGGCUCUUGCCCUCUGUUGCAGGAAUGCAAAAACCUCCCACUCCUACCAGGCGUUUUGGGACAAACACCUAAGUUUUUGUUUUGCUUUUCGUGAGGGCCAGAAGCUGACCAUGAAACAGGUGGGAAUGAACCGAAAUACAGUCCCUCUGCUGGAGCACAUCCACAGAGACCUCUUACACAGAGGUGAGCACGCUCUGUUCUCUGCAGCUCUUGUAAAAGCUUUGCCGAAGAGUUAAAAAAAAAUCCACAUUUGGAUUCUAAGCAGUCUUGAUGGCAAGCACUGAGUGGUAGGAAAAAGGCAGCUGGGAUGAGUAGAAAUAUCCAAAGAGGAUACUGGAAGAUUAGGAAAAGAGCCCCAUACGCGAGCAUGCAUUAAAUGGUGCUGCUGGACAGGGUUUGUGAAAAGAUAAUUUCAAUACAACAGACUAACCUCAGUGAGAACCUCGGUCAUUAGCUACAUCUUGGAGACGGCGUAAUAAGGCAGAGUGAUUUUCUGGGCAAAUUCUUUUUGCGGGUGAUUCACUUCCAUCUUCCAAAAGUAUCCCUCUCUUUUUGGUUGGAGUUUCUCCUGUCCGUAUCAUACUGUUAAUUUCUCUCAGUCUCUAGAGUGGGGAAAAAUAGAUAACAAAACUUUAAAAUGCUAAUAAACAUAGUUCGGUGUUCAGUCCAAGAACCUUCGAAUGAAGAGCUUACCUUCAAGAGGAUGAACCUCUUUAUAAAGAAAAGAACUAAGCCGUAUAUCCUUCCGAUUUCACCCCUCAGCUGGCUGACUCUCCUGACUACCUGGGUCGGAGGGCAGAGUGUUUCUAUUGUGGACAAGCUCCAGGGGUGAUUCUGAUGUACACUUUUCCAAAAGUAAGAGAUUGCAAAUUUGUGGGUUGUUUUUUUUUUUACAAUAGGGAGCACCACCUUGCUAUGCCAUAUUUAGUCAACUCCCUACAUCUCCAUUGUCCUUUUUAAGGCUUUUUUUUUUUUUAAAGUUUAUUUGUUAUCAAGCGACAGAGACAGAACGUGAGGGGCAGAGAGAGAGGGAGACACAGAAUCCGAAGCAGGCUCCAGGCUCUGAGCUGUCAGCACAGAGCCCGCCGCGGGGCUCGAACUCACAAACUGCGAGAUCAUGACCUGAGCUAAAGUCGGUCGCUUAACUGAGCCACUCAGGCGCCCCUCUCCAUUGUCCUUUUUAAAAAAAGUAGUGUAAUUUUACACUGUAUUAUGCCUUUUUUCAGUCCAGUGUUAUGCAUUUAGUAGCUGUUCUCAACUGGAAUUUCACAGGACAAGUAAGCCUUACUUCCCUAAGGCAUCCAUUGUAGGUAAUUUAUUAGUAUGAUCUAGAAGGUACUCCCAUCCCUGGGAGAAUAGAGAAAAGUUAGGCAAAUUAUUUUCUGUGCUAUGUGGUGAUCAUGAGGAACCCUGAUUGAGAGGACCUACCAGGAUGCCAGAGAGACUGGACCGACAUAGAGUGCCUUCAGCAUUGUUUCUCCAAAGGCCCAAAAGUCAGUUACCACGUCAUUUUCUGGUAGUUUGUUGGUUACAGAUUCUUUUUUCACGGGUUACUUCAUUGUCCAUGUUUCCUUAUGGAAAAUAUACUCUGGUUAUUCACCUGAGUUUGUUACAGGAAACCUCAAACAGGAAAGUAGGGAGAAGAGUGUAAUGAAAUCCUCCCAUGGCCAUCAACCCACUUGACCAGUUCUGGCCAGUCUGACUUGAUCUACAUACCCUCAUUCAUUUCCCAGUCCCCACACUGUUUUAAAGCUAAUCCUAGACAUAUUUUAUUCAUAUUUUCUUUAUUUUGAACAAAUUUUUCUGAUGCUUUAAAUAAAAUCACAUGUUCUUUAUUAGCGUAUGCACUUUCUCACCUUCUCAAAUCUUAGCCAUCUUAAGAAAGCUUUCUUUUGACUUCUGCCCUCUUACGUUCCUAAUCUCUAGUCUACCGUUUACUUGAAUAUUCCUUAAAUUGUUAAUUGUAUAAAUGUUAUUUGUAUAUAAUGAAUACAUUAUAGGAUAUAACACAGUGUACAACUGUAUAACUUAAUACACAUAAGACAAUACAUACCAUACGUUUAUAUUAUAUACUAGUGUUAAAUAUAUUACAUAUAAUUUAUAUAGGAUACCCAGUAUCUCACACAUCACAAUUUUAUACAAUAUGUACAUAUUUAAAACACAAAUACUGAUUACAAAAAAUUCACACAGCAUAUGCCUAGAUUUCUUGUCCUCACCCAAUCCCCAGGAUAACUACUAUUAUCUUUCAUUCACUGAACAAAUCAGGCUACUGUAUAGCCUUCAGCUCUUUAGGAAUGCUCUCAAUACAAAUGUAAUUAUUACGUGUUUU